AGUGAAUUUACUUCACCAAAUUUUGUAAAAUAUAUCCAAAAUGAUAAUGAAUGACACAAUGAUAAGGGGUUUGAGGAGGAAAAAAUCCAACAAGAUUAAAUCCUUCUUUAAGGGGAUGAGUUGUACCAAGAACGAUAAAAUGGUGUCGAGAAAUUUCGACAUUGACUAUGAUGAAGAAUUCACGAGUUACAGACCAAAUAAUGAUUUAAAAAAUAAAAUUGUAAAAGUUUCUUCAAAAUCUACUCAAACUGAAAAUAAAAAUCAAAAAAAUGAAAUUACACAAACUGCAUUGGAUUCCAAUGUUAGGCUUUCAGAAUACGAUAUAGAAUAUUUUAAAAACUUAGUUGAUAAUAAUUUGAAAAUACAUCAAAGGGAUAUUUUAAUUGAGAAUAGGAGAUUAGCUAUUACUCGCGUUGUUGGUAUCAUUCUUCUUAAAAUUAACUCCAAUUUCAAUCAUUUCAUUGCAAAAUCUGAACUUAAACAUUUGAAUCAAAAAUUGUACAAUAAUUUUGUCAGAACUUUAACUAGAAUUGUGUAUUAUAACAUUUCUACCAACUUAAGAUUCUAUUUAAAUUUGUUAUUGUUAAACAAUAACAUUGUUGAUUCAACUAAUUACAGUUAUUACAAUAAAAACAAGUCACACAUUUCAAACUCGAUAAAUAAGUUUCCAACAUUUUCUUGCCCUUUAAAUUACUAUUCGUUUUGUUGUAUGUUCCUAUGCAAGACAUUAAAAAACUUGAUAUUCUGUACAAAGUUAAGAUAUUUUAAUGAAAUUUACAGAAACUGUAUAAAGAAAGGUACAACUUGUGUCAUUUUUAGACCUCGAGAUGACACAAUAGCUCCUCUGGAUUUCUUUUUAUAA